AUGGAUGUGCCUCUUUUGUUCAAGUGCCCAAUCUCCAUGGAGCUCAUGCAGGACCCCGUGACCAUCUUCACUGGGGUGACCUACGAGAGGAAGUACAUCGAGAGGUGGUUUUUCACCUACAAGAAGAAGACAUGCCCCGCCACCAUGCAGCCUCUGGAGAACCUUGACCUGACGCCCAACCACACCCUCCACCGCCUCAUUUCAUCCUGGAGCAACACCGCCUCGCACGACGGCGCCUCCACGUCUGCGCCGCCCGUCCCGCUCCCGCGCGGCGAGCUCGCCUCCAUCCUCGCCGCCGUCGAAUCGGGGCCUUUCCAGGUUAGCUCGCUGAAAAAGCUGCAGUCUGCCAUAGCCGCGGAGGAGGCACAGAUGGAGUUCGUCGAGCUGGGGGGGAUCGAGGUUGUGGGCGCCGUCAUCUUGCAGAUCUUGGCGGUCGAUGCCGGAGACUUCGCCGCAUUCAGGGCCUGCGAGGAGGCGCUCGCGGCACUGUACCAUCUCCCCCUCUCCGAUCAGUCAUCCGUCACCUUCCUAUCGAAACCCGAGUGCAUCGAGUCGAUGAUCAUCAUGCUCCAGCGAGGAAGCGCAGAGGCGAGGCUCCACGCCAUCACCAUCCUUCAGAAGGUCGCUGAGAGAUCCAGGGACUGGACCCUCUUGCUGGGCGACCAGGACAGGGAGUUCUUCAGGUCCCUCCUCGAACUUCUCUCUGACGACAUCGCCGCCAAGGCCAGCGCCGCCGCCCUGGAGGUGCUGAUCAACCUGUUUGUCGCCUCCAAGAAGAGCCGGCUCAAGGCCGUGGAGCUCGGCGCCGUCCACCUCUUCCUAGAGCUCCUCCCCGAGUCGACCAGGCAGCGGUGCGAGAAGCUCCUGUUCCUGCUGACGAUGCUCUGCGAGCGCCCCGAGGGGAGGUCCGCCUUCGCCGAGCACGCCAUGGGGAUACCUGCGGUGUCGAAGAAGAUACUGCGAGUCUCCGAUGUCGCCACCAAGCUCGCGGUGAAGAUCCUGUGGCUGAUGGGCACCUUCCACCCCACCGAGAAGGUCCUCGACGAUAUGUUGCUCUUCGGAUCUGUGGGGAAACUCCUCAUUCUGCUGCAGUUCGACAGCCAUGGGUCGACCAGGGAGAAGGUCAUGGAUAUCACCAGGUUGCACUCCCCAAAGUGGAGGCAACACCCGUGUUUCCCCAGCGAAUUCAAGGGGAUGUCUUGA